AUGUUGUUCCUCCGGUCUGUCGCACAUGCCGCGGCUGCUAUCACGUUGCUUUCGCCCACGCUCGUUUCGGCCCAAAACUCAUCGAGCUCACUUCCGGUGGUGGACUUGGGCUAUGGACUCCACCGUGCUAUUUCAUUCAACGAAACCCGCGCCUACUACAACUUCUCCAACAUCAGAUAUGCCGCCCCGCCGGUUGGCGAGCUGCGCUUCAAAGCUCCUGAAGCUCCAGUCACGGAUCGCUCCGUGAUCAACGAUGGCAGCAUCGACCGCAUUUGUCCCCAAUCGUCGGCCACCUACAGAGACCCGCGUGAGACCGAGGACUGCCUCUUCUUGGAUGUCAUCGUACCGGAGAAGGUCUUCCUGAGCGCGAGCAAUGCAACCAGCAAUGGAACCGGAGCCCCUGUUCUCGUUUGGAUCUACGGCGGCGGCUACACGUCGGGCUCCAAGGCCGCGGAACGGACUCCCAGCGGACUGAUCCAGCGUGGAGGUGAUGGAGUCAUCUACGUGGCCAUGAACUACCGCGUCGGCGCCUUCGGAUGGCUCGCGGGGCCGACCCUCCAGCAAGACGGGACCGCCAACGCCGGCCUGCACGACCAGCGCUUCGCCCUCGAAUGGGUCCAAGCCAACAUCCACCUCUUCGGCGGCGACAAGGACCGCGUCACCGUCUUCGGCGAGUCGGCAGGCGGCGGCUCCAUCAUCCACCAGAUCACGGCCUACGGCGGCGCCUCCAAAGCCCCCUUCCAGCGCGCCAUAGCCCAAUCCCCCGCCUGGCUCGCCUUCCCCUCCCUAUACGGCCAGGACCAAGUCCUGCAGAACUUCCUCGCCGCCGCCAACGCCACCACCCUGGCCGAGCUGCGCACCCUCCCCUCGGCCUCGCUCAUCGCCGCCAACGCCGCCCUCAUCUCCAACUCCGCCAACGGCCUCUCCUCCCUCGGCCCCGCCAUCGACGGCUCCUUCGUCCCGCAGGACCCCAAGUCCCUCCUCGCCCAGGGCCGCUACGACACCUCCGUCGGCGUCAUGGUCGGCCACAACACCGACGAGAGCCACACCCUCACCCCCGCCGCCGCCACCUCCGACGCCAUCGUCGACCUCUUCAUCGCCGCCGUCCUGCCCAACAGCCCCCCGGCCAUCGUCUCCUACAUCGCCAACACCCUCUACCCCCCCGUCUCCAACGGCUCCGCCAACGGCUCCGUCGCCGCAACCCCCUACACCACCCCCUUCGCCCGCCUCGCCCUCCUCAUCGGCGAAGCCACCAUCCUCUGCAACGCGCACGCCCUCGCCAAGACCAACGCUACAACGUCGCACGCCUACCGCUUCGGCGUCGCCCCCGGCUACCACGGCCAGGACGUGCCGCACACGUACUACGACCCGGGCUCGGCCCCGAGCAGCGGCGACGGCGGCGCCUCCGCGCUGCUGCCGUUCAACGCGACCGUCGCCACCGUGCUGCAGGACUACAUCACGAGCUUCGCCAUCGAUGGCGCGCCGGCGAGCGCGGUGGACGGGCUGGGCGGUGGGUUCCCCGUGUAUGGGGAGGAUGCGAGGCUGGUGGCGUUGAGCGGGGAGGGCGUCGGCGUCGAUGCGGACGAGGCGGCGAACGAGCGGUGUGAGUGGUGGGGGAUGAAUUAUAUUUGA